AUGAUGCAUAUCUGUCAACCCACUGAACCCAACACCGAGUGGUCUAGCGAGUUUCAGGACAAAAUUCGAGAUUUUGGAUACUCCAACCACGGCAAUUACAACUCCAUGAGCCUAUUGCGUACUACUGAACUGCAUGAUGGUCAGGCUGCUGGUUUAUUUAGCUCCAGUACCGCAAAUCAGACCCUGUUCCGAAAUGAUGCAAACCGCAAGUAUAAAAAAGCAGUGCGCCAUCUGCCUUCACAAACCUGCAUCGACAUAUUGGUUCAAAGAUUUUUUUCCGAUAUCAAUUGGCAGUACGACCUGCUCGACGAGGAGACUUUCAGAGAACAUCUAGUCGCAUGGAGAGAGAUCUCAUACUCUGACCUUCAAGUGGGGUUUGAAAGAUUGGCACUGGGAACCGUUGUGUUUCCAGCACUACUGUUUCAAGUCCUCGCUCACGCCCUUCUUUUUCACCCUCCUCAUGAUGAAAAGAUCAGUUCUCUCAUUACCAUGGCUGAUAUGACCUUCCAUGAUCUUGGAGGUGAAUAUAGCGAUACAGGUGCUAAUUUACUCGCGCUCCUGGGGAAAAAGGAUAUAACAAUUGCCAUGGUACAAGCAGGUCUGCUGCGAGCCUCGUUCUUGAAAAGUAGUGGCAAAGUUAUUGAAGCGUGGCAUGCACUUGGAGCAGCAAUCCGCGAUGCACAGGAGAUAGGCCUACAUACCGGACGAAUUGUAUCCGAUCAGCCUCCAGUGGGGUCGAAACGCGGCACGCAAAGUGCCAGUCUCUUGGGUCACAGAAUCUGGGUGGUCUUGCAUAUUUGGGACGUCCACAUGGCUGUCGUUCUCGGCCGACCGAUUGCCACCGAUAUUCAAAUCGAUCAUUUCGCUCGCACAAUAGAGGACGACGAAAGGCGACGAGAAUUAUUUUCGCAUUGGCAAACCGAGACUGAUCCACCUAGACCAUUUGAUAUCAUCCUCGCCGGCUAUAAUGUGGCCUAUCGAUACUUCAAGGACAUUCACCAAAUAGAACAUAACGGUGCUAACUCCCAAGACUACCCGAUUGUCGAACACAUUCACGCCACAAUAAAAAAAAACUUGGAGCUUUUGCCCUCUUGGUGCCGUCUGGAAGAUCCAGAUGCGAAGUUUGAUCGAUUAUGUGGAUGCCAAUGGCUACCUGUUGCUCGAGAUGGACUAUCGUCGCUCAUACACUUCGUUAUUCUCGCACUCCAUCGACCCUUCAUAUUCUCUGUUGCCGACAGUCGCACAGAAGCCUUGAAUGCUGGGAUAUCCAUUCUUCGCGCACAAGAACGACUGUUUGAAAAGUCAGAGCCACGCCAGCGCAAGGUGUUUAAUCCGGUCUACGCUUCUUUCGAUGCGAUUGUUUUGAUUGCAGCUCUCUGUAUCGUUUUUCCGAAUGAGAAUCACGAACGACACAUGGAGUGUAUCGAGGUUGUUGAAAGAGGGAUGCAAAGGUUGAGCAUAAUUGGACAAUCCAAUUUCAUGGCAAAGUCAGCAUAUGGCGUUGUGUGCAGCUUGUACCAUCGUUUAAGACAUCGGCUCGACAUCUUCAAACCUACCGAGGACGCUAUAGCAUCUUUCACCAAUCCAAGGUGGAUCCCUCCCAACAGCGAUAUAGAUUGUUCUCGUGGGACACCGUCGGAGCUUUCGUUUGAUGCCGUUUUGCCUCCUCGUCCUACCCAUGAUCUAUUCUUGGAUCAUAUCUCAAUAACGCAAACACCGUUCACAAAUACACCCGACAACUUUCCCUUGGACCCUUUUACUGUGAACCUUACGGAGAGAUGGAAUUUUGGAGGCGAUUUCUCAAAUACCAGCUUUUGGAGUUUGAUGAACGAGCUUAACCAUUGA